AUGUUUAAUGCAGUUUUAUCAGAGAUGAACUGGGAUGACCGCUUUGCUAUCCCUGUUGCCAAUGCUGAAAAUAAAGCAUUGCUAGAUGAGAUUCAAAGAAAACUAAAAGAGAGAUCAAGUAUAGAGAACAAAAGCGCUGAACAUAAAGACAGAAUAAAUGCUAUGACUGAGCAUUUGAAGAAUGUCCGCCAGGAGCUCGGUCAUACUCAGGCUUUAUGUGCUGCUAAGGAGAGAGAGACGGAGUCUGAGCUGCAUUUCAGAGCUCUUGCAGACAGAGAGGAGGGCCGUCUGCGGCAAGAGAUUGGACAGCUGAAGAGUGAGCUGGAAGCACUGUCAGAGAAGAAAAACUCUCACGAGAACACCAUCUUUAAAACCUCUCAGAAGCUUACAGAACUGCAAAAUCAGCUGAACUGGGAUCAGCAGGCUUUGGACGCCUGGCUGGAAGAGUCAGCACAGAAAGAAGAGGACAUCAUGGCCAUUAUAAAAUACACACAGCAAGACGAGGGUCGGAUUCGAGAGCUGACACAGAGAAUAGAGAAGAUGAAUCUAGAGGUCAUCCAGAAGAGGAAAGCCAGAGAAGAUGAGCUCACUGAGACCAUUACUGCACAGAUCAGUCUGGAUAAGACUGCAGAGAGACUGCACCAGGCUAACGUGGAGAGAAAAGAGUUGCUCCGACAGUGGGAGAGCACCAUUGAACAGAUGAGAAGAAGGGAUGAGGAAAUGCGGCAAUGUGCCUUGCGGCUGGCUGAAGUCAAACAGUCGAUCAGGGAGAGGAACAGCUUGAUAAAAGAGAAGAAGAGCUUCCUGGAGAACGAGGUUGAGAACAACAAAGAGUAUGAGAGGAAGAUUGCCGUUGCUGAGCGACAGACGGCCAAACUCAGACAGCAGGCCCAGGAACAGGAGAGGAACCGUUUUCGACUGCAGAACGAGCUGGAGAGCCUGAAGGGCACUGUUGAUCGAGCAGCAACAGACGUAGAAGCCCUGAGAUCUCAGCUGACCAACAUGAAAAAGGACACCAAGGAUAAAACUGCAAAAUUGGAUGAAGCCAGGCAUCACAAUGCAGCGCUGCGAGAGAAGCUGGAGACGGUGACGGAGGCAGCGCUGGGAGGGGAGGAGAGGGCGGUGCAGAUGGAGCAGGUGGUGAAAGAGUACGAGCAGAACAUCAAAGAGAUUGAAACUCAGCUCCUUCGUCAGCGUGAGGCGCUGUUUAAGAAAAGCCAGGAGCUGCAGGUGCUAAGGGCGAGGGAGAAGGGCGCGGAGGCCGAUGUUUUGGGCAGCAGGGCCGCGCUCUCGAACCUGGACAGUCAGCUGAGCAAACUGAACAAGAACGUCCUCAAGCAACAACAGUUCAUUUACAGUCAGGACUUUCAGAUCCAGCGGCUAGAGAAGAAGAUGUCACAUCUGCAAGGUGAGGAGAACACAGAGGAGAAACAAGCGCUGGAGAAAAGAGUGUCUGAGUUGAGCCAAGCCCUGGAGGAGAAAAAGAGGGAUGCCAGUAUGCUUAACACACAGCUGAAGAAGCUCCAGGAUGACAUCCGCUGUGUAAGAAAGGAGACUGAGAAAGCAGCAGCAGACAAGAAUGAUUUAACCACCAAAAUUGAGGAGCUACAGUUGUUCAACGACCUUUCAGACAAAGAGUUAAAGAAGCUCAGAGUCAUCAAACAGGACACUAUGGUGAAGAAAAACAUCCUGAAUUUGGAGCUGAAGCGUCUGAGGGGCCUGUUGGAUGAUAGGACAGACGGGGUUCUGUCUCUGGAGAGGCGACGCAUGCAGCUGCAGAACGCCAUGAAGGACAGAGAGGAGGAGAUCAAGGAGCACAGAACCAUGCUCUGCAAACAGAUCAGAUACUCUGAAGAGGAGCGCCAAAGACUCAGUGCUGAUUUACAUGAGAGACUGUCCAGAACUGACAAGCUGAGGAAUAGGUAUGAGAUCCUGACUGCCUCCAUGACAAGACCAGAGGGUGAAGAGGACAAAUCUGAGUGUUAUUACAUUGCAAAGGUUGCCCUAGAGAAGGAAGAGCUUAAGCAGAAGGGUGACCAAUUGGAUGCCAAGAUACAAAAAGCAGAGAAAGAGAUACAGGCCUUAGAGAACACUCUGCACGUUCUCAACAGCUGUAAUACGACCUAUCGCAAAUCCUUGAAGAAAGUCCAAGAAUCCAGUGAGGAGUAUCAAGAGAAAAUGAAACUGGAGGCCCAGAAGAGAGCUGCUGAUGAGAAGUACAGGUGCAGAAGACAGCAGAUCAGAGAGCUGCAGGAGGACAUCCAGGGUAUGAAAAAUAUGUUGGACCGCCUACUGCAGGAUGAGGCCAUGCAGAGAGAUAAAAUGGACGAAAGCCAGUCUCACAUUCUCUCUCUGAACAAAGAACUCUCUUCCCAGAAGGAAAAACUUGAAAGGGCCACCAAGCAGUGCUCCAAACUCACCAGGGAAAUUCGCUCUGCCAAGAAAACCAAAAGUGAGACCUUUGAGGAGAGAGACAUUGAGUUACGGGAACUGAGGGAUUUAAGCAAGUCUGUCAACAAGAUGCUGGUGGAGAUCAUGGAGGAGCAUCCUGACCUGAAGUCUUUACUGGAGAUGUACUUUACAGAGGCCAAUCUGCCACUGCCUUCUCCUGCAUCGACCCCUGACAGCAGGCAAAGCUCUAAAAUCAGCUCUGCUCGCAGUUCUGGCUCCCUCAGGUCAUCAGGUUCCUCAGACGGCAGCAGGCCCAAACCCCCGUCGGUGAGGUUUCCCUCGGUUAAGAUGGUUGAGUUGGGCUUAGGUCUCUCUGUAACAUCUCCUCCACUCUCUGACACCUCCCCAAGAGGCUCUGGGCCACCCAGCAGCAGGAGCAGCAGCAGUAGCAGGAGCAGCAUAAAGAGCAGCCAGUGGAAAAGUCCUUAG